CAUUGUUACAUAUGGUAGUAAACUAUAAUGCAGGUUCCACUACUACGGUUAGGCCAUACUUAUCGGGACCACUUGUUCUUCUACAUAAAUAGGCAUAGUAUUAGUGAGAAAUUAAUAAUGUAUGGCUGUCGGUACAGGAGAUUAUAUCUGGUAAAUUGUAACUUAAACCAGAAUCGGGCGAGUCAAGGAAUAUGACUUUCUGUCCUUAUACCAACUUAUGACAACGUUAGAGUAAAUGAAGUGACUGUGUGACUUCAUAUGAUUUUUUUUAAAGACUAGUUCCUAUAUCGCCGUCUCCCUUAUCUUUCCCCCAUCAAUUGUUCUCCCUCUCCAUCUGCUGAACUUUUAUUCCUCCCCGUCUCUCUCCUCCCCUCAGCGGACGGUCAGCCGUUAACAGCAGGCAACCGAUCACUCGCAGUCAGCCAUGUUGUUGGUGUGACACACUGAGCUGUCAGCAACAGGUUCUCUUGAGUUGUAACUCAACGCUGCUAAACUUGAACAUUUCUGGGACAGUUUUCUGCUCACCUCGGAUACAAAACUCUUCGGUGUGUCCGGGAAACCGUUCAGAAGUGGUGGAUGAUAACUGCAGGCCCCUCGAAAGCUCGGAAGUUGGUGUUUUUCUGGUCGUUGGUGGCACGCAAGCGAAACUGCUUAUCUAAGCAUGAGUAUGGCUGCGAGCAGUAGCUGAGGACGCCACCGGGAGUUCCCCUUCUCUUUUUCUGCCACCUGCAAAUAUGAAUGGUGGUGCAAAUAUAUGGGCGAUCACUCCAGAGGAGAGGGACAAGCAUGAUCAGAAGUUUGACACCCUCUCCCCAUCAAUGGGCUAUGUCUCAGGGGAGCAGGCAAGGAAGUUUUUCCUCCAAUCAGGGCUGCCUGCUUCAGUUUUGGCUGAGAUAUGGGCUUUGGCUGAUAUGAACAAAGAUGGGAAGAUGGACAGGUUGGAGUUUUCCAUUGCUAUGAAGCUCAUAAAGCUAAAACUCCAGGGUACAUCACUCCCAGUGUUAUUGCCGGUCAUCAUGAAGCAGCCGCCAGUGCCUGUUCCCAGCCUCAAUAACCCCAACCCACCCUAUGGUACCAUAUCUGUGCCUAACAUGUCCAUGAUGGGCGGGACGAACCUUCCCAUGAUGACUCCUAUCGCCAUAGCAACCUCUGGACUCUCACCUUUGACACCAAUGACAGGCCUCACCUCUUUGGUUCCCACAGCAACAGGCCUCAGUCCUCUAAUAGCCUCCAACCCCACCAGGCCCCUAAUGCCCACCGUGGGAAAUACCACCCUGCCAAACGGCACCAUGGGACUCCUCCAGCCACUUCCAGCCGGAGCUUUGGCCACUGGCCUACCUCUAUCUGCAUCCCCCUACUCCUCUCCGUUAGGACUUUCUUCUUCUUCUGCUGGUAUAAACAAGGCCUCAUCGCUGCUGGACCUGGGAUCUAGCAGCUCCACUUCCUCGUCCCCCUCUGUGAUGUCCCCGAUGGUCGCAGGUCCCAGUGACUGGGCCGUGCCACAUGCAUCCAGACUCAAAUACAGGCAGCAGUUCAACAGCUUGGAUAAAGGGAUGACUGGAUACCUCACUGGUCUGCAGGUGAGAGGUGCCAUGACGACCACGAUGCUGACUCAGACACAACUGGCCUCCAUCUGGACUUUGGCCGACGUGGAUAAGGACGGCAAGCUAAAAGCUGAGGAGUUUACUCUGGCAAUGCAUCUCGUGGACAUGGCGAAAAACGGACAACCACUGCCGCUUACACUGCCAACUGAGCUGGUACCACCCUCACAAAGGGUUGCAGUGAAUGGAUCCAGCUCUUCUCUCUACGCAGCUCUAACCGAUGACUUGGACAUAGAACCUCCACAGAAACCCAAGACCAACCUAACAUUUGAGGAUAAAUUCAAAGCCAAUCUGGAGCGAGGGAACGCAGAACUGGAGAAAAGACGACAGGUGCUGCUGGAGGCGGAGCGGAGGGAGCGGGAAAGGCGCGCUCAGAAGGUGAGAGAAGAGCAAGAGAAGAGGGAGAGGGAGGCGCGGGAGGCUGAGGAGAGGAGGAGGAAAGAGGAGGAGAGGAGGCUGGAGCGACAGAGGGAGUUGGAGAGGCAGAAAGAAGAAGAGCGACAGCGAGAAAUCGAGAGAAAAGAGGCUGCACAGCGGGAGCUGGAGCGCCAGAGGAAGGAAGAGUGGGAGAGGAGGCGGCGAGGAGAGCUCCAGAUAAAAAGGGAGCAGGAGCAGGAUGAUAUUAUUAAACUGAAAGCUAAGAAAAGGAGUCUGGAGAUGGAGUUGGAGGCUGUGGGUAACAAGCAUCGUCAGAUCUCAGACCGACUGCGUGACUUUCAGAACAAGAAGAAGCUUCAGAGGACCGAGCUGGAUCUGAUCAGUCAAAGGAAAGACACACGCCAGCAGGACAUUAACAACCUGCAGAAACAGUUAGAGGAGUUCCAGAGGAAGUUGUCCCAGUUGACUCCAGAACAGAGGAGACUAACUGAGAAACUCAAAAACAUGGCGCUGAAUAACCUGCCUGGGUCAACUAUGACCACCCUGAAGCUGGGUGUUACAGAGAAAAAAGGGACAUGUAUGAAACUGCAAGAGCAGCUGGAAACUUUGGAGAAAGAGACUGCUGCCAAACUGGCUGAGAUGGACCAGUAUAACAAAGAUAUGCAGGAACUGAGAGAGAGCCAGAAAAAGCAGCAAGCGGCACUGGAGAAACUACGGGGCAUCAAAGAGGACAAACGGCGUGAGCUGAUUCGAAGGAAGGAACAGGAAGAGGAGAGGAAAAGACAGGAGGAAAGGAGGCGAAAGGAGGAGGAGGAAGCUCAAAGGCGCAUUAAGAUGGAAAAGGAGCGUCAGUGGCAGGAGAAGUUGAAGAGGGAUGAAGAGGAGCGUCAGAGGAGGCUUCAGGAGGAGAAGCUUCAGCAGCAGCAGCAGGAGGAGGAGAGGAAGAAGCGCGAGGAGGAGAGGAAAAGGUCAGCAGCUCUCACAUCCUUCAAAGCGCUCUACCCAUUCACUGCACGAAACCACGAAGAGCUCAGUUUCAAUGCAGAUGACAUUAUUGAGGUUGAUGAGACGACAGAGAGGGAGGAAGGUUGGCUGUAUGGGAGCAGACAGGGGAAGAUGGGCUGGUUCCCAGAGAGCUACGUAGAGAGAGUGGCUCCGUCAGAUGCAGCUAAUAAUGCUGCUGCUCCUAAAGCGCUGCUCCAAUCACAGCUUUCCAACGUCCUUGAGGCUUCAAAGGCAUCGGGGACGAAGUCUGCCUUCACGCCGACACACUCUCCAAACCCCGCACCCUCUGAGACGCAGGGACAGGUGGUUGGUAACCUGCUUGCACAGGCCCUGUGCUCCUGGACAGCAAAGACAGACAACCAUUUGAACUUCAAUAAGGAUGAUGUGAUUCAGGUUCUGGAGCAGCAGGAGAACUGGUGGCUGGGAGAGCUGAACGGUGAACAGGGCUGGUUCCCAAAGACAUAUGUGACACUGCUGGGUGAAGAGGAGAGUUCAGACAUGAAGAGCUCCCCUCCUGAUGCUUCAGAGUCUAACGACAGCCAGCAGCUUGAAGAAUAUGUGGCGUUGUACACCUAUGAGUCUCCAGAGCCUGCUGAUCUGACGUUUAGUGAGGGAGAUAUAAUCUUGGUGAGCAAGAGAGAGGGAGAGUGGUGGAACGGAUCUAUUGGCGACCGUACAGGCGUGUUCCCCAGCAACUACGUCAAACCUAAAGAGACAGAUGCGUCAAGCACAUCUGGGAAGAAGAAGCCAGAGAUUGCCAAGGUGAUCAGGGCUCACUCCUCUACUGGGCCUGAGCAGCUGAGUCUGGAAAAUGGCCAGCUCAUCCUCAUCCUUGGAAAGAACGUGUCUGGCUGGUGGCUUGGAGAACUGCAGGCUCGUGGUAAAAAACGUCAGAAGGGCUGGUUCCCCGCCUCUCAUGUCAAAAUAUUGGGAUCCAACAGUGGCAAAUCCACACCAGCACCCCAACCAGUCUGUCAGGUUAUCGCCAUAUACGACUACACAGCCGCCAACGAGGACGAGAUGAGUUUCUCCAAAGGUCAGCUGAUCAAUGUCCUGGACAAGAACGAUCCUGAUUGGUGGAAAGGAGAGCUCAGCGGGACCACUGGCUUGUUCCCCACCAAUUACGUUAAGAUGACCACCGCGGAUUGUGACCCCAGCCAGCAGUGGUGUGCAGACCUGAACAGCCUGGAGACGCUGAGUCCCCAGGAGAAGAAGAGACAAGGUUACAUCCAUGAGCUGAUACAGACUGAGGAGAGAUAUGUGGACGACCUGCGAAUAGUGCAAGAUGUGUUCCAAAAGCCGAUGUCGGAGUCUGGCCGCCUGAAUGAAGCAGAGAUGAACAUGAUCUUUGUCAACUGGCGAGAGCUGGAGGCCUGCAACACUAAAUUUCUCAAGGAGCUUCGUAUUCGUAAGAAGAGUGGCGGGGAGAACAUGCCGGUGCAGAUGAUUGGAGAUGUCCUGGCGAGAGAGCUGUCUCACAUGCAGCCCUACAUCCGCUUUUGCUCCUGCCAGAUCAACGGAGCCACACUGCUCCAGACUCGCACCGACAACGAGCCGGACUUCAAGGAGUUCCUCAAGAAAAUUGCCACAGACUACAGGUGUAAAGGCAUGCCGCUGUCCAGCUUCCUGCUGAAACCCAUGCAGAGGAUCACGCGCUACCCACUGCACAUCAAAAAUAUCCUAGAGUGCACUGCAGAGGGCCACCCUGACCGAGGUCCUCUUAAAGAGGCUCUGGAGAGGGCGGAGGAGCUCUGUCAACAGGUGAAUGAAGGCGUGAGAGAGCAGGAGAACUCUGACCGACUGGACUGGAUUCAGAACCACGUACAGUGUGAUGGCGCUGCCGAGCACCUGGUUUUUAACUCUCUCACUAACUGUUUGGGCCCCAGGAAGCUGCUGCACAGUGGAAAGAUGUACAAAGUGAAGAGCAACAAGGAACUGUGGGCUUUCCUCUUCAGUGACUUCCUGCUUUUGACUCAUGCGUCUAAGCAGUUCACCUCGUCUGGACCUGAUAAACUGUUCAGUAACAAGAACAACGUGCAGCUCAAGAUGUACAAGCCGCCUGUGCUGCUAAAUGAAGUUCUGGUGAAGCUUCCAGAUCCUUCCAGUGACGAGCCUGUCUUCCACAUCUCACACAUAGAUAGAGUCUAUAUACUCCGGACAGACAACAUCAAUGAACGGACAGCAUGGGUGCAGAAGAUCAAGGCUGCAUCUGAAGAAUUUAUUGAGACAGAAAAGAAGAAAAGGGAAAAGGUCUACCAAGCGCGAUCUGUGAAGGCGAGUGGGAUCGGCAGACUCCUUGUCACCAUCUUGGAGGCCACUGAACUUAAGGCAGCCAAACCCAAUGGUAAAAGUAACCCCUACUGCGAGGUGACAAUGGGAGCUCAGAUCUUCACGUCCAGGACGCUCAACGACACUUUGAACCCCAAGUGGAACUUCAACUGUCAGUUUCACAUCAAAGACCUCUACCAGGACGUCCUCUGCAUCACCAUCUUUGAAAGGGACCAGUUUUCACCUGAUGACUUUCUGGGACGGACGGAGGUUCCCGUAGCAACCAUAAAGAAAGAGUUGGAGAACAAGGGGUCAGUGACUCGACGUCUUCUGCUGCACGAGGUUCCAACGGGGGAAGUGUGGGUCCGCCUCGACCUGCAGCUCUACAGCAAAUAGCCAUUUAGGAUGAACUGAACCGUGUCUUCUGUUGAGACAUCCAAAUAAGGAGCGCUAACCAAAUAAUACAAGCUGCUUUUUGUGACAUAAAUAAACUAGGAUAUAUUCCGUUCACAUGGCACCCACAUGCUUAAAAUGGGCUUCAAGAAGAUACCCAUAUCAAACAAGACACCCCUGAACUUUGUUUCACACCGCACGCCUUAAUAUUUUAACAAUAACCAGCACUAAUAAUACGUCUUAUGAUGUCAGCUGAAUCCUCCAGUGAGACGUAGGGUCUGUGUGACAUCAGCUACACCCACCAAUAGGAGUAAGAGCUAAGUUUCUUUCACAGAUGAUGAACUCAGAUGGAAAGGGAAGCAUGAUUUGUGCUGCAGUUUGCACUUGAGCAACAUAAACACUCUGGAGGAGUUAAAAGGAAGGACUACAGUCCGACUUCUUAAACAGUGGAGAUAUAGUGUGUCAUAAAGCUGAAUCUGGGUCCUCGGCUGUAAUAAUUUAUAACCUUCAGGGGAAGGUAGAACUGGACAAACUGGCUGUUUAGAAGCAAAUAGUUAUAAUACUACUAAUAAAGCAAUAAAACUAAGAAUAUAAAGGUUCUUUGAUCUCCUCUAAACUCAGUAAUAACAGUCAGUUAUUAAGCAUUCACUGACUUCAGUGCUUUAGACUCUGCCAAGUCUGCUCAGCCAUUUAACAAGUCAAAGUUGAUGUUUUAUCUUAGUUAUCAUGAAGAUAUGAAUGUUUUUUGUUUUGUUUUUUUUUUCCUGAGGACUGAUGGCUUUCAAGAGACUCUGCUGAUCUGCUGUGUUGCCUUCACUGAUCGUAAACUGUCUGGUCUGUACAGUGUCUUCUUCUCACAGUCACAUCAAGGGCAUCAUAAACAGUAGAUACAGAUGACGGGCAGCAGCAUGGACAACUUGGAUCAAGUGUUUUUGUCAGUCUGGAGUCAGUUUACUACUGUAGAUAGAAGAUCUCAGGAUAUGUCAUUCUGAGUUGAGUCUGUAAUAACACUGAACACUUUAUCUGCCGUUUGUGUGUGUGCGUGCGUGCGUGCGUGCGUGCGUGUGUGUGCGUGCGUGCGUGUGUGUGUGCGUUCAUGUCUUUGGAGUGUACCAGUGUAAAGAUCUUCAGCUGAGGGCUCUUGAGAUGCUGCAACUUUUGGAGUUAACUUGUAACUCUUGGCCUUAACGUAAAUCAUCUUUGAAGUCUUUUAAAAAUCACAAUUUCAGAAUCAUUUGAUUUAAUUGGGAGGAUGUUAAGAAAUCAGGAAGGUUUCCCACCAGAUUACUGGAAUAACUAGUGCUAGGUGAUUUCUUUUUCUUACUUUGUCUUCCUAAGAGUCAGUUGUUCUUUCUUUACUUUUCAGCAUCAUAAGGCUUUUAGGAGGUUGAUGUUUGAGGCGACACAGAUUGGCAGUUUUGUCACAAAUACCAAACUGUAUCUUCUCUUCUUUGUUACACUUCUACCCUGCCAGACAGAUUUUAGGUGUCUUUCUCCAGGCCCCACCUCACCGACGACAAUAUUGCCCAUCUCUGUUGCCUCAAAAAGUUUCCCUCUAGAAACAUUAUUUAUGUUGUAGCUUGACUUUUCUGUGUCAUUUGCCUUGUUUUUACUAUUCCAGUCUCUGGUCUAACUCUGAGCACCCGCUGGUGCUCUAGAUAUUAAUGAAAACGUGUUGUAUUUAUUUUUUAAUUUAUGCGUGUGUGACUAUCCAAAGGUUUGAAGCGGCUUUGCUGUGUCAUCUUGGAUAAUCAGCUGGUAUUCACUGGGUUUGUUUUGAACGUGGGUGAUGUCAAAUAUUAAAAAAUGUGUUCACAGACAGAUGUUGAUACUCUUUUGAAAGGCAAUAUAAUAUCUUAGAUGAUUCUCUUGAGUUUUACUGUAAGUAGGCUAGGUCACUAGUCAUUUUGUUAGGCCUGCUGCUUUGUCUCUUGUAUUCUUUUCAUUUGUCUCAUUCAAUCAACAAACAGUUUUUAAGUCUUGUAUUAACUUCAGUGUUGUUUAUUUCUAUUUGUGGACAAUGUGCAAAGAGACUGGACGAACUUCUAUCUAUCUGUGUGGGGGUUUGUUUGUUUUGUUUUAUUUUAUCUUUCAUUUUCUGCAGCUAUCUGCAUUGACUUCAGCUGUGCUAACUGAGUUUAGGGCCUCUCUAACCCAGACUGCCUGUUCACAGCUGAUCAGCCUGGAGUCUGUACCUGCUGUUUGUACUCACCUGGGCCUCUACAUGGCACUGAAUCAGGGUUUCUUACAUCAAAUUAAAGACAUUAAAAGUGA